AAAUUACAAGUGUAGCGAUUUUGUAUACCAUCGGCCGUUUAAUCAUCAACGUUGCACUUCUUCGAGACUGGAAAUUCAAGUUCGAGAUGAUCCGGCAAAGUAACAAACGCUGGCAACGUUGCAACGUUUUAACGGUAGUAGUCACUGGUAUACAUUCUACUGUAGCAGAAUGGCUUUGUAGUGGUAAAGUAGCAGCAAGACGGUCGGUUAUAUUCGCGAAAACACUGCUUUAGUAUUGUGCGCGUUCUCGAGCUGGUCUCUCACAAAUCUUAUCGCGCGCGGAAUGAUAAUAUUGCUGACAUACUAAGCGAUAACAAAAUUUGAAGUGAACCGCGAGUACAACUUCGAUCCUGCGCUCUUCGCUUUUUCGAGGCGUUCGAUCAGGCAGCGAGACCUCCAUUUUGACAGUACGCCGGCAAAAUCGCUUGGAACACGCGGAACAGCCGCGUAUCUAUUUUUGUCGGUCAUCGGGAGGCGUACAGAUCUCUCGCGUUAGUACGGUCGUGUGCGGAAGAUAAUACGUAUACAUUUCUGUACACUAUCUCGCACAGAUUUCCUCCAGGAGUACAGCGUGGGCGCGGUGCAUCAUGGCGGUGGAAUCGAGAUGGAUGCCAUGUCAGUUGAAAAUUGAAACGAAUAUCAGCAGCUGCGAUUAUGAUGGCAUUAUCCUGGUGUCCGGAAGUGCUCCUGGAUGCAACGAGCCGGAACCCUUCAAAACCGUCCUCUAUUCCGCGGCCCAGAUCGAUGCUGCACUGGGCGUGAUCGGCGCGGUUUUGCCCAUCAAUUUGCCCGCAAAAAGGCUCAUUUACAGCUCAACGGGUCCGCUUAACAUAGAUUACCACGAUGUGCGGAGUUUUGCGGAAGCAGCUACAAAAGGAAUAAAACGGUAAUUCUUUUGUCUGCGAUUUCACACGCUU